AGCCCACAUCUUGUGUCCUUACUCAGCCGGUCAUUGUGUUGUUGUUUGCUGCCUGAUAUGCAUGUCACGCGGCUAACCCACCCCGGAUGGCUGAGCGUAUCUCUACAAAUUACGGGAGGAGAGUAAGACGGGGCGGCUUCACAACUCUGGGGAUAACUUGUUAGCUUACUAUUCAGCGGUGACAGAUGGUCGGUUCUCUGCGCCAAGUUGAUCAAAGUUUGGUUACUGUCGGUUUAGAGGGACCAUGUCUGGCAGCAAGCGGACUCUCCGCGAACGAGCCUUUUAAGGGAGAGCGCCUAUAUAAAGCACUCUCUCCCGGCACCGAGGUUCAACAAAUCCUCAUCCCUCAGCAACUCCGAACUUCCUUGGACAGUUCCGCGCAGUCUGCUCUUUUUCUCACCUCGUCUCACCAAAAAUGCUCGGUUUCAAGUUCAUUGCCGCUACGGCUAUCCUCGCCGGUGGUGUCUUUGGAGAGGGGAUUCACCUCCUCAACUGCCGACCAUUCGGUGGCGCUGGUAGUCCCCAGACUUGGUACUCUGUGGUUGCGUAUUGCGCGAACGAUGCGGACUGCAGCACGCUGAGCUACGUGCUUCCUACCCAAGACACCUGCAUCGUGUCGACGUCGAGCACACCCGAGUCUUUCCACACUUGGGAGGGCGGCCAGCAGAGCUGCACCUUUCCGAGCGGAGUGACUUUCAACUGGAACAUCCCGGGCAAUGCUCAGUCUCAGCCUGAUUUCUCCUCGGUCGGGGGUGGAUGGAACGAUUUCAGAAGCUUUUCCGGAUUCAAGGACAACAAAGUCAAUGGCGCGGGUCUCGGCUCGCACAGCUGUACCAAGAUAUAUUACUAUAUCUAAUUGAUGGCCGUUCGGUAGUCGGUAGACCCCUUUGGGUGGGGGGAGGGAGAUGUUGAUGUUGGCUUGGUGUUCAGUUAGUCAUCAGAGGAAAAGAAAAGAGAAUCAGAAUCCCAACUCCGGCAGAUCAAUGCUGCCAAGCGGCGGAGAUGCGCC